AGUUCUGUGAUAGUAAAUAUCAAUGGUUGACAUUUGUUUAGAACAGUAUCAACAUAAACAUAAUUAUUACUUUUGUGUCUUAAAAAUGGCACAAAGUUAACAGAAUUAAAGGAAAUUUAUUAUCAAAAGAUUGUCAAAUAAAAAUUAAAUAUGAAGCUCGACGUGUACAAUGACAUAGUGACAACAAUUCGAAAAUUUCGUGGUUUGUCGAAGGAUUGUAGAGAUUUGUUGAAAGAGAAAUAUAGCGACAUUCCAGUAAAUACACUGUACAGCAUACUGUCCUUAGAAUUACAACAUAAAAUGAAAGUCAAUCAUAGCAAAUUAUUUGGCAACAAUAAAAACUAUUAUGAUACUUACACGGAAGCUGUACAAAAUGGAGAACCUGUUGGAAUUUUACUGAAAAUGGCAAAGGACAUUGAUGCACCACCUGCAUUAUUAGCUAGAAAUGUUCUUGAAAAACAUUGUGGACGAGAUGAUCCUAAUGUUUCCCGAAAUGAUGUUAGCAAAUUAUUUAAGGAUACUACUCUCAUUCAGGACAAGGACCUUGCGUAUGAGGUCUACUUGUGUAUAUUAUAUGAUAAUUUAUAUGGACCUAUAGCAGAUGCUAUUGGAGUUUCAGUAGGUCAAGAAUAUGAAUUGAAACUACAAGACUACCUGACAGAAAGGAAUCUCGCUUUUCGUAAUGAAGAACACCUACGAUCAAGGGGAUAUGACAAAACCCCAGAUUUUAAACUGGAAGUGCCAAUCGCGGUAAAUGGUUUUGUAAUCAACUGGAUAGAAUCUAAGGCACGAUUUGGCAAUAUGGAGAUACAUCAAAAGUAUAUCAAGAAACAAUUUCUGAGCUAUUGGAACAGAUUUGGUCCAGGACUUGUUAUCUACUGGUUUGGAUUCUUAGACAAUUUAACAGAACCCAGUGAAAAAAGGUUUAUGAUCAUGGACCAUUUUCCCGAGAAUAUUACAUUCAUGGAUCCUACUUGUAUCAAACCUACACCUUUGUGAUUGCACGGAUUGUGAUUACUUGUUUUCAUUCUAAAGAGCGUAAUUUCAUAAUGAUAUUAGUGUUAUAGAAUACUCAUACAAUAAGGAUCAUUGUUGACAAAUAUAGAACAGUAUUUUUGCCCUUUUAUAUAAGCCUCU